GGCAGAGAGUCGGCGGCAGAGAGUCGGCGGCAGAGAGUCGGCGGCAGAGAGUCGGCAUGCCGCGACCGAAGAAGAGGGCGACGAUAGCCAAACGUCUUUAUGCUCAGAGAUGUGCAAAUACAGAGGUUACGCUGAAUCCUCUUAAAAAAAAUGAUGCAUUGUUGUCACCAAAAGCUGGCAGCAUUGAAAACCCUUGCAAACUCGCAUCAGUAAAUGCAUCAGUAAACCUUGCAAACUUGCAUCUGUCACCUAAGCAAACCCUUGAAAACCCUUGCAAACCCUUGAAAACCCUUGAAAACCCUUGCAAACCCUUGAAAACCCUUGAAAACCCUUGCAAACCCUUGAAAACCCUUGAAAACCCUUGCAAACCUUUGAAAACCCUUGAAAACCCUUGCAAACCCUUGAAAACCCUUGAAAACCCUUGCAAACCCUUGAAAACCCUUGAAAACUCAGAAAAAAAAGAAAAAGUGCUUACAAAUAUACAUGAAAUUUCUGUGAAUACUUUACCUGCAUAUUGUGAUUUUCCACAGCAAUCAGUGCAGAAAGGUUCUCUUGGUCAAGCAGUUGGCAGCAGUUUUCCACGGUCUUCCGGUAAAGCCCUUUACAGUGAAGUUGUAAAACGCCCUUCCAAGGUAUGUGAAUCAGUCAAGACUGAGGUAAGGACAUGUGAUUUUCAAGUAGACUCAGGCAAGCUCGGUCGACCCCAGAUGAGGUACCCAAUGAAAAGCAAAUCAAAACCCAUGCUAUCUGAACAAAACAUUCCUGCAAUUUGCCAUGAAAGUGCUUUGGGUGUUUGUUCUGAUUUUCCCCAGAAAUCCAUGCUAAGAGGAUCUUUUGAUCAAGCUGAUGCCCGCUUUGGAGAUUCACGCAACAGGCAGUGUGGAGCCAUCGGUCUCACGGCAGUGUUGAAAAGCAAGCUGAAGAAUGUGCUGACAUGGACUACACAAGAUCUGGACGGUGUCUUGGUUGAAGGAACACGUCUUUACGAGUCUCUAAGAAAACAUGGUAACAUAAAAGACCGAGAAGUCAAGGGUAGGAAUUACAUUGCAGUCCAUGAAUUACCGAGGAGACACGUGUUGGCUAAUACUACAUUUUCCAUUGAGUACACUCCGUCUCUGACUGGUUUUGUUAAUGUCAAUGAGUACCACGAGUAUGACCAUGCCAUAAGCACUGUAGCCAUGCCACUUGAUGUAGCCCUUCAGCAAACUCUACUGAGUGCUGAUGCUUUCUUGUUGACCAUUUGUGCCAACACAUCUGCAGUUAUUAAGCAGGGGUCAUGGUAUGCAGUCGUUGACUCUCAUGCCAUCAGGACAGACACAAGUUGUGUAGUCUAUCACAGUACCAUAGAGUCUCUGUACAACUAUAUCAAUGACAUGGCACAGUUGUUUGGGCAACCCGAGCCACCAUUUGAGAUAACUGGAGUUUUGGUUCAUGCAGAUGCAGAAGUGUCUGAUCCGCUGCAAGAAGCAGGCAGCAGCAGUUUACCAUGCUCUUCCGGUAAAGCCCUCUACAGUGACGUCUUAAAACGCACACCAAAGGUACGUGAAUCUGUGAAGACUGAGCCAAAGACCCCUGAUUAUCUGGUACCUGUGGAUGAAGCUGCAGAUGUGAGAAACCCUAACCUUCCAACACAGACAGCCUCUAAUGUGUUGCCAAGUAAAGGUAAAAGAUUGAGGAAAGAAAAGCACAUUGAGCUGUCAGGUAAACAAGGUACAAAAUCACACGCUGAAACCGUUGUAACCGAUGACCUGAUGAUUACUACUGUUUCUGUUCCAGAUGUCUUUUUUUCUCCCUUAACACAUAAUGAUAAGCAAGCUUUAUGUGAGCUCAUACAAAUGUCCAAUGAUAACAGUGACCAUAAUGUCAUAAACUUUGGUCCCAUAUCAGCUCCGUGUCAGACAAAGACCAUUAAACCAGACGGCAACUGUUUUUUCAGAUCAUUGGCACAUGUGAUAUGUGGAAGUGAGGAGAAACACUUAAAGGUUCGCCGUGCAGUUGUGAAACAUCUGAAGAUGAAUACUCCGCUGUUUGAGAGGUAUGUGAGAAGUGAGUAUUCUUCAGCAGAGGAUUAUCUGACACGAUCUAGAAUGUUUUAUUCUGGCUCAUGGGUAACCGAAAUUGACAUAUUUGUUGCGGCCGAUCUUUUCAAAACCACCAUAAUGACUUUUAAUGACAGCCGAUGGAAUGCACACAAACCUACCGGAGAGGUAUCCACUCAGAAUGCAAUUUAUCUGAAACACUGUAACCGUAAUCAUUAUGAAGUUGUGACAUGUGUUAAGCACAGAGAUCGAGAUGCUGUUUGUGCAGGAGCAUGUGGAAAUGCGGUGUCAAAUGAGGUCAGCAAGCCAUGUCUGCGUAAGAGAAAGGUAAGCGAUGCUGCAGAAUGUUGUCCCACCAAAAGGCAUCGAGAGAGAUAUCGCAACGACCGUGAGUACAGACAAAAAAAGCUGAAGUACGAGAAGUCAAAGUAUGGUAAAGAUCCUGAAUACAAACAGAACAAAAUUGAGCAUGCCAAAACAAAAUAUUGUGAUGACAUGGUUUACAGGGGGAAAAAAAUUGAGUAUGCCAAAACAAAAUAUUGUGAUGACAUGGUUUACAGGGGGAAAAAAAUUGAGUAUGCCAAAGCAAAAUAUUGUCAUGACCCCAUUUACAGGGGGAAAAAAAUUGAGUCUGCCAAAACAAAAUAUAGUAGAGAUGGAUAUUACCGAGAGAGAAAAAAAGGAAUUCUUCGUGAUGAAUAUAAAAAAAAUGUUGAUGUUCGUUUAUCAAAGUGUGAACGUUCUAAGGUCAAGUACUUGAGUAAUGUUCAGUUCCAAAAGCGUGUUUGCCAGUAUUCUCGAUUGAAAUAUAAAUAUAAUGUAUCUUUUCAGGCAAAUGUAUGCGAGUAUUCAAAGAAAAAAUAUCUGCAAAACCUGGCCUUCAAAAGAACAGUGCGUGAGUAUUCUGUGAUGAAAUACCAUAAAGAUGUGAACUUCCGUGCACAUACAAUACAAAAAGGUUGUGAAAGGUAUGCAAAAAAGAAGGAACGACAAGACAUUGAUGUUGCUAUUGAUCAUUUUAGACAAGAAAUUAACAGUGGUCCAGAGUUUGUGUGCUGUGUUUGUCACCGUUUGCUUUUCAGAAAGCAGGUUGUUGAAUGUAGAAGACAAUGUUAUGAAGACAAAGGUGUAAAAGUUGCUGCUUUGGGGAGAAGAUGCAUCACAACCAGGUAUGUUCAUGUAUGUGAUCAAAAGUGUGAAGGAUCUUCUGCUCAUUCCUCAGGAUGCAAAUUAUGGAUCUGUCUUACGUGCCAUCGAAAAAUCCUUUGUGGACAACUGCCCGAAGAGAGCGUUGCAAACAACAUGCAUUUGGUGGAUGUUCCAAAUCAACUGAAAUGCCUCAACUCUUUGGAACAACAUCUCAUUGCACGUAACAUUCCUUUUAUGAAAUUACUGUGUCUUCCUCGUGGUAAACAACAUGGAUGCCAUGGUCCUGUAGUGUGCGUCCCAGUAAAUGCCACAGAUGUGUCCAAUAUCCUUCCACGAAAUGAAUGUGACGACAAGAUGAUAAGGAUCAAACUGAAACGCAAGUUAACCUACAAAGGGCAUUAUGAGUAUAAGUAUGUACACACUGAUCGUGUUCGAAAUGCUCUGAAAUAUUUAAUCCAGUUCAAUAAGUGGUUCAGUGAUGUGGAGAUUAAUCGGCAGUGGAUCAACUCUUUGAAUGAACCAGAAGAAAAUGUUGUAGAUGAAAUGGAGCAACAAGAUGUAGUUGAAAAGAUUGAUGACGAAAAUAACCUUGAUGAACAGCAAGAGGAAGACCUUACCUACAUCAAAGAGCAAAGUGGUCUUUUGUCAGAUACGUCAUUGCAACCUGUGGACAUCGGUUCAGAAGUAAUUGAUCAGCAUUUCCAGGAUGUAUUAAAUCUGGCACCUGCUGAAGGUAACAGUCCUGUUAGUUUGUUAUCCGAUAGGUCUAACGAAGCAAAAUGUUUCCCUGUUCUGUAUCCAACUGGUGGUCCGACAUUUCAUGAUAAGAGGGAGGUAAAAAUAACAUUGUCGAGAUACUUGAAUGCAAGAAUCCUCAAUGCGGAUGGACGUUUUGCACGAAGCACAGACUUCAUUUUCUAUGCACAGUAUCUGUCUGAGAUUGAUCAAGUUGUAUCCAAUGUUUCAAUUGCUUUGCGCAAAGGAUCUGAGAGGAGUUUGUUGACCGAAGUGACAUCAGAUGUGCUAACGAAUCCAGACUCGUUAUCUAAAAUCUUGAGUUUUGAUGAAGGAUACAAGUUUUUGAGACCAAUCCGUGGAACACCUCCAUAUUGGCAGUCUACUCAAAAGGACCUUUUUGCACUUGUACGACAGCUAGGUAUUCCGACUUUCUUUGCAUCCUUUAGUUCUGCGGAUCUCAGAUGGCCAGAAAUGAUUAGUACCAUAAUCAAACAAGAAGGGAAAAAUCUGAAAGCAGAUGAACUUGACUGGUCUGAAAAAUGUGGAUUGAUUAGACGAAACCCAGUGACUGCUGCAAGAAUGUUUGAUCAUAGAUGGCAUUGUUUUCUGAGAGAUGUAAUCAUGUCUUCAGCUCAACCGAUCGGCAAGAUAGUAGAUUACUUUUAUCGUAUAGAGUUUCAACAGCGUGGAUCUCCUCAUGUUCACUGUCUGUUUUGGGUUGAAAAUGCCCCAACGUUAAAUGAAGACAAUGAAGAAAACGAUGGUUUGGUUGCUAGUUUCAUUGAUCAUUACAUCACUUGUGAGACCCCAAGCGAGGAUGAAACCGAACUGUUUGAGAUUGUCAACGGUGUUCAGAAGCACAGUGUCAGACAUUCAAAGACGUGUCGUAAGAAAAAAACAGUUUGCAGAUUUAAUUUUCCACGACCCCCAUCAAGCCGUACCUUUAUUACAAGAGGUGGUAGUCGAGACGAUUUGAAAAGUGGUGACGGAAAAGAUACUGCACGUACAGUUUUAGAAAAAGUGAAAAAGGCUUUAACAGCUUCUGAUAUGGAUUAUGAGUCAACUGAUGCAUUUUUUGAAUCCAUUGGUAUUAACCAAGCUCUCUUUGAGAAAGUGUAUGCACAGUGUUCCAAAAAGAAAUCCGUUGUCUUGAAAAGAAGUCCAAAAGACGUCUGGGUGAACCAGUAUAAUAAACAUUUACUGCGUGCCUGGCAAGGCAACAUGGAUAUCCAGUACGUCACUGAUGCUUACUCUGUAGUGGUUUACAUUAUCAGUUACAUCACAAAAGCAGAACAAGAAAUGGGAUUGUUGCUGCAACGUGCGCAAAACGAAGCCAUGAAUGGAAACCUUGAAGCGAGAUCAUCACUGAAGAUGCUUGGUAGUGUAUAUCUUCACAACAGAGAAGUUUCUGCUCAAGAGGCUGUGUAUCGUCUGACCGGUAUGCACUUGAAGGAAUGUUCUCGUAAAGUCCAGUUUAUUCCAAUUGGAUUGAAUCCUGUAAAGAUGAGUUUGCCUCUUCGUGUCAUCAAAAACAAAGUUGAUCAGUCUGGUGAAGAAGCUAGCUUUUGGAUGACUAGUCUGGUUGACCGAUACAAGAAUAGGCCAAACACGGAAGAGUUUGAGACCCAAUGUCUUGCAAGUUUUUGCUCUGAAAACAGGAUCUUGUCAAAAUCGGAGGUUUCUUCACAAAAAAAGUCUUCUGAAGACAAGGUGAUCAAGCUUAACAACGACUGUGGUUAUAUGAUGAAGAGAACUCGAACUGACCCUGCUGUUGUUCGAUAUCCGAGAUUUUCUCCCAAAAAAGAUCCAGAAAAGUACUUUCAUUCAUUGUUGCAACUUUUCUUGCCACAUUAUGAAGAUUGUCAGCUCAAGCCUGAGAGUUUUACCACUUAUGAGGAAUUCUACAACAGUGGUGCUGUGAAAUGUGGGAGAAAUGUAACGCAAGUCAAAUGUAUUGUUGAUGCUAAUCGAGCACUCUUUGAAAAGGAAAGUGACAAAAUUGAUCGAGCUCAACAGCUUUUGGAGCAAGGUGUUGAUUUGGAAGAUGCUUGGGCUGCGUUAUGUCCUGAAACUGAAAAGGAACGUCACGAAUGCUUAGAACUAAGGAAGAGUAAUACAAUUCCUGAUGAAGAUGAUUCUGAGUGUUCUAUUCCAGAUCUUGUAACGAACCCUCGAACUCCAUACAGUAUUGAAACCAAUCAGGCUGGAAUUUCUAGAGAAGAAGCAUUAUGUUUACUGCGAUCAUUAAAUGCACAACAAUGUGCAAUCUUUUACAAAGUACGGAAAUGGUGUUUAGAGAAACUUCUUGGUGAAAACCCUGAACCAUUUCACUUGUUUGUCACUGGUGGAGCAGGCACAGGCAAGAGUCAUUUAAUCAAAGCGAUCUACUAUGAAUCUUCCAGACUUUUAUCUCAGCUGUCCGAAAACCCUGAUGAUAGAAGUGUGAUUUUAACUGCGUCAACCGGAGUGGCCAGUUUUCAAAUUGGUGCUUCUACAAUCCAUAAUACCUUUUCCAUAGGUGCCAAUGUCAAACUGCCAUAUCAGCCCCUAAGUGAUGACAAAAUCAAUUCACUGCGUGCAAAACUUGGAGGUUUGCAGAUUCUGAUCAUUGAUGAGGUGUCUAUGGUUGACCAUCACCUUUUGUCUUAUGUUCAUGGUAGAUUGAGACAAAUUAAGCAAACUGGUGACUACUCAAUUUUUGGAAGAGUCAGUUUGGUCUGUGUUGGUGAUUUUUAUCAGCUACCGCCAGUCAAGGGAAUUCCCCUGUACGUUGAUCCAAAAGGAGUGAAUCUUUGGGAUACCAACUUUGAAAUUGCUGAACUAACACAAGUUGUCAGGCAACAAGAUGCAUCUUUUGCUGAAAUGUUAAAUCGUCUGAGAGUUCAUAAAAAGAACGAAACUCUAAGCCCAAAUGACAUGAACAUGUUGAAGCAACGUGAAACUGGUGAAGAAUGUGAUGCUAUUCAUAUAUUCCCUACAAAUGCUCAGGUUGAUGAGUACAAUAUACAGAAACUUAAUGAGCGUUGUCCUGAGGCAAUCACUAUUCACGCUAGAGACUUUGCUAGAAAUCCACAAACUGGAAGAAUAGAAAGGAAAGUUGGAUUUCAUGCAAAAGUUUUCAACUCUUGUUUGGAAAAAUGUGUUUCCUUGGGUGUUGGUGCCAGAGUAAUGCUUAGGAAAAAUGUUGAUGUUUCUGAUGGACUUGUCAAUGGAGCCUGUGGCACAGUUGUCCACAUAAGCAGAAAACAAAGACGUGAUGAUGAUGAAGAUGAUGACUUCCCAUCAGCUAUCCAUGUUGAAUUUGAUGAUCCAAAUGUUGGUAAAGUUCAGAGAUCGAAGCUGCGACAGAAAUUUUCUCCAAAUUCGACUGUUAUUGAAGUGGAAGAAGAUCAAGUCUCAAACGAUGGUGGUUUAAGACGUCAGUUUCCACUUAAAUUGGCAUGGGCAUGCACCGUUCAUAAAGUGCAAGGACUCACAGUAGAUCAAGCGGUCGUCUCACUUGACAAGGUAUUUUCUCCGGGACAAGCAUACGUUGCACUGAGUCGUGUGAGAACCCUUGAUGGACUAAUAAUUAAUAACUUCAAAGACUCUGUCAUAUAUUGUAAUGAGAAAAUUGACUCCGCUAUGAAAAACAUGCCCCGACUUGCUUUAGAAAAUUACAGUUUUGUAAAGACACCUGGCGUGUUUACAAUUGCUCUUCAUAAUGUACAAAGUCUUCGAGCUCAUGUUCAAGAUCUUCAAGUUCACAGACAGAUAAUGAAUGCAGAUUGCAUCUGUUUAACUGAAACGUGGCUAAAAGUUGAAGACCAAGUACAGAUUCCAGAAUUUGUUUUUAAGAACAAUCCAAGAGCUAAAUGUUAUGACAACAGUACUCCACUUUUCACUGAUUUAAAACAACAAAGAGGAGGUGGAGUUGGACUAUUCUGUUGUGAAAGCAUUCAUUUUAAUGUCAGGGUUCCGGAACCUUGUAACUUGGAAUGUCUAUACUUUGCAGUUCCACAUCUAAGUUUGAAUGCUGCUUUGCUGUACAGACCUAAUUCAUAUCCACUUAAUCUGUUUCGACAAAAUAUGUUGCAUGUUAUUGAUGAGCUGGAGAAACAGUCAGGAAAGAAAGUGAUUAUGGGAGACUUCAAUGAGGACAUCUUGACAUCAUCUACAAUUGGUACACUAAUGGAACUACAUGGAUACAGUCAACAUGUGCAACACCCUACCACUGAAAAAGGUACACUGAUAGACCAUGUCUAUGUUAAAGAUGCAGAAAAUGUCUCUGUUGAAAUUGUGCAAACAUAUUACAGUUACCACCAAGCAGUCCUUAUUUCACUGAGGUAAAAAUUAAUGUGUGUGAUUAUGUACUGAAAUCUGUAUAACCUGCAUUAUUUUUUUCUUGUCUGUGCUCUUACUUGUUCUAUGUUCAU